AUGACCAAUAGCCCAUUACCACAGGACAUUCAAGACAAACUUUUCAAAAGUGCAACUGCUGCAAAAGAUACGGCUUAUGUACCUUACUCGAAAUUCCGUGUGGGUGCUGCACUGCUGACUGAAGACGGAACCAUCUUCAAAGGCUGCAAUGUCGAAAACGCUUCAUAUGGUGGCGCUAUCUGUGCCGAAAGAACCGCAUAUGUUAAGGCUGUGAGUGAAGGACACACCAAGUUCAAGGGACUGACCGUAACAACGGAUCAAGACGAUCAUGUUUCCCCUUGCGGUAUCUGCAGACAGUUUAUUUCAGAGUUUGGCCCAGCUUCAUUGCCCGUCUACCUUGUUAACGCAAAGGGCGAAACGUUGGCAUUGACGCUUGGAGACCUCUUGCCCUAUUCGUUCGCCUUAGAACAGGGUCAGAAAUAUCUCAUGUAA